UUAAGACAGCCUUUGUGAAGCAGCACUCAGACACAGCGUUCAUGGCAGCCCACUGUGAGAUGAUACCCAUUGAGUGGGUAUGUCGGAGGGUGGCAACCGGGUCUUUCCUGAAGAGGAAUCCAGGAGUCAAAGAGGGCUACCGCUUCUCCCCUCUAAAGCUGGAGAUGUUCUUUAAAGAUGAUGCCAACAAUGAUCCUCAGUGGUCAGAGGAGCAGCUGCUGGAGGCCAAAUUCUGUCUGGCUGGUCUGACUAUUGGUCAGUGCGAGGUGGACAUCAUGAAUCGCAGCACUGUGGCCAUCUUUGAGAUUCUGGAGAAGGCCUGGGCCACUCAGAACUGCACGCUGGUGGAUAUGAAGAUUGAGUUUGGCAUCAACGUGAAAACUCAAGAGAUUGUGCUUGCUGACGUGAUCGACAAUGAUUCAUGGAGGCUGUGGCCAGCUGGAGAUCGAAGCCAGCAAAAAGAUAAACAGGUGUACAGAGACCUCAAAGAAGUUACUCCAGAGGCGCUGCAGAUGGUGAAGAGGAAUUUUGAGUGGGUCUCAGAAAGGGUCAAGUUGCUGCUGGAGUCACAGGCUAGCGGCAGGGUGGUGGUAUUGAUGGGCUCCACCUCAGAUAUGGCCCAUUGUGAAAAGAUCAGGAAGGCGUGCACCUCUUAUGGGAUCCCCUGCGUCCUCAGAGUCACCUCGGCGCACAAGGGUCCCGAUGAGACACUCCGCAUUAAAGCAGAAUACGAAGGUGACGGCAUACCCACUGUGUUUGUGGCUGUGGCUGGGAGAAGUAACGGCCUUGGCCCAGUGAUGUCUGGAAAUACUGCUUAUCCUGUUAUCAACUGCCCUCCUCUCACUCCAGACUGGGGAUCACAAGAUGUCUGGUCAUCCCUCCGCAUGCCAAGUGGUCUUGGCUGCUCCACAGUUUUGUCUCCCGAGGCUGCUGCUCAGUUUGCAGCGCAGGUCUUCGGGUUGAGGGACCACCUGGUGUGGUGCAAACUGAGGGCAUCCAUGCUCAACACCUGGGUGUCUCUCAAGCUGGCUGACAAGAAGUUACAGGCCUGCAGGCUUUGA